GUAGGUUAUCCUCUCUUAUGCGAUUAUCGGACUAUGCGAUUACAGUGGUUUGGUGCCUGCGACAUCAAGAACUCCGCGCACAUCGCGAAAUCCCAUUCCGGUGCCUUUCAACCACGCCACAACAGAACUGACGGACACUUUCAUGCAACAGGUGACUACUGCGAUGUCUACCUUACGCACGACUCGAUGAGUGUGCGCAAGGCGCACAACUCUGGACGCAACCAUCUGAGAAACGUGGUGGAGUACUACCAACAGAUCGGACAAGAAAAGGCCCAAUCCGUCAUUGACUCCAUCACAUCAUCAUACGCCGCCGAAGGCCAGGCUGUACCCAACCCUGCGAUGGUGCCCCCGGGCGCCUACCCCCCUCCCUUUGGAUUUCCCGGUAUGUUUCGCAACGUGUACACCAACGCUCCGAACGAGACCGAAAGAUUGAUCGACGACUGAUUGAAUGCUUCCAGGCCGCCCAGG